CCUUCCUCCAGCCUGAAGCCCUGCCCUACCCUGAGUCAUGAGUCUCCAGCACACUUAGGGCAGCUGGGCCCCUUGCACGCACGCAGUUUUCCUCCUCUGUGGCCCAGGCUCACACUGUACUCCCAGGCAUCACCUAGGAAAGCUCCCUCAAGGUAUUCAAUGGCCACAAUCCAAGCCUACUUCUGGGCAAGAUGCUUUAUGGGUUUAGGGUGUGCCAUGUCUCCUCUGCUAGACUGUGAAGGCCUGGAGGAGAGGGGCUUUCCAUUUUUCUCAUCUGUGUGCUCAGUAAGCACCUACUGCAUGCCAGGUGCAGUGCUGGGCACCAGGAUACCAUUGAAACUGAAAUGCCCGGAAACUUCCAACUGCUCUGCCAUGCUGGCUGCUCCUGGGUGUACCACCCAGGCCUCUUCAUGGUCCAUCAACUAAGGGGCUAGUGUCUGGUGCACCAGGGGUGCUUCAGGAGCUGAGGCCACAUCGACCCACCUCCUUGGACUUCCCUGGCCUCUCAAGGCCAAGCUUGGAGCAAAUGAGGCAGCCUGUAGAGGGCUCAGCCUGACUGACUUCCUGUGACCCAGAGCCCAUGCUGUCUCCACCUCCCUGUCUUAGGAGCCCACGGCACUGCCUGCUCUGAGAAAUGCUGGAAGCUGGGCGAGGCCCAGGCCGGGGGACCUGUUUUUCUUGUUUCCCACAGAGUUCCCUGCAGCCCUGUCCUGGCGUGUGCAUUCAUGAGUGAGGAACCUGAGCCAACGCUGAGCAUCCCAACAGUGAGAGCAGGGGCUGGUCAGGGCGAUGGCCACAGGCCUGGGCCUCUGGAAUGACACCAUCAAUGGCACCUGGGAUGGGGAUGAGCUGGGCUACAAGUGCCGCUUCAAUGAGAACUUCAAGUACGUGCUGCUGCCUGUGUCCUAUGGCCUGGUGUGCGUAUUUGGGCUGUGUCUGAACUCCGCGGCGCUCUACAUCUUCCUGUGCCGCCUCAAGACCUGGAACGCCUCCACCACAUACAUGUUCCACCUGGCUGUGUCGGAUAUGCUGUAUGCGGCCUCCCUGCCCCUGCUGGUCUAUUACUACGCCCGCGGAGACCACUGGCCCUUCAGCACGGUGCUCUGCAAGCUGGUGCGCUUCCUCUUCUACACCAACCUCUACUGCAGCAUCCUCUUCCUCACCUGCAUCAGCGUGCACCGCUGCCUGGGCAUCUUGCGUCCACUGCACUCGCUGCGCUGGGGCCGGGCCAGCUAUGCCCGCCGGGUAGCAGCUGCCGUGUGGGUCCUGGUGCUGACCUGCCAGGCCCCAGUGCUGUACUUUGUCACCACCAGUGCACGUGGCGGCCGCGUUACCUGCCACGACACUUCAGCACCCCAACUCUUCAGCCACUUCGUGGCCUACAGCUCCGUCAUGCUGAGCCUGCUCUUUGUGGUGCCCUUUGCUGUCAUCCUCGUUUGUUAUGUGCUCAUGGCUCGGCGGCUGCUGAAGCCAGCCUAUGGGACCAUGGGAGGCUUGCCACGGGCCAAACGCAAGUCAGUGCGCACCAUCGCCGUGGUGCUGGCUGUCUUCGUCCUCUGCUUCCUGCCUUUCCAUGUCACCCGCACCCUCUACUACUCCUUCCGCACGCUGGACCUCAGCUGCCACACCCUCAACGCCAUCAAUAUGGCUUACAAGAUCACCCGGCCUCUGGCCAGUGCCAACAGUUGCCUGGACCCUGUGCUCUACUUCCUGGCUGGGCAGAGGCUUGUGCGCUUUGCCCGGGACGCCAAGCCACCCACAGACCCCAUUCCUCCCAUCCAGGUUCGCCGCAGGCUGGGUCUGCGCAGGUCCGACAGAACUGACACUAAGAGGACAGGAGACUUGGCCAGGAGUGAGGACUCUAGGCAGACAGAGUCCACACCAGCCGGUGGUGAAAAUACUAAGGACAUCCAGCUGUAGGACCUGAACCCUUCAGACCUGCACAAAUUUAUACUGGGGUGUAGGAACUAAGACUUAUUCAAAGGGGACAGUCUCCCCAGAUAUGGACCAUCAGUGACUCAGGCCGGAAGGUCAAGGGAGCCACAAGUCCAGUGCUGUGUCAUUUGGCAUGGGCUCGGUUUGUUCUUUGUGGUCCAGGGAGCUCAAAAGUCCCCACAGUGCCAGGCACCAUUUGUAUGUGUGAACUGGGGAAUAAGGUUUUAAGAAAGGCAAGGGUUCAGGGCCAGUGCUGCCCCUGGUCUGACUCCCACAUAAAUACCUGGCUGUGCCUGCCAAGGUACCUAGGCUGGAGCCCAGGCAAUCAAGCCAAGUAGAGAAACAGGCCCAGGGAGGCAAGUAACUUACCGAGGUCACUCAGCCAAGCCUGAGCCUCAGCUCUCUGGGAGGCGUGGGGCCACACGUUGACCAGAGGACCCUGGUAAGGAGUCAGGGCUGAGCAAGAGGUUCCCACAGUGGGUCAAGGUGGUCUGAGUGCCACCAUGGUCUCAGGUCUGCGGAGUCCCCCAGCCCAAGGGCUGAAUGUUUGGGAAUUUAUGUCAUAAACCCAUCUGGAGGCUGGGAGCUAAUCUGAGACUAUGACUUCUACUAAAGUUGUUAUCACAUGCUGAGCCAGGCCCUGUUGUGUAGUUGGAGGACGGGGAUACAGCCUGGGAAACUCUUGCCAUCCACACCAGUGUCCUUUCUCCAACCUGUUCUCUUCUGCCACCUGCCUUCCCACUUAGGGGCCUCAGUGGUGGUUCACAUCGGGACUAUCCUCUCCAGACCCCAGGUCAUCCUCCACUUUAAAGUUAACUGGCUUUUGUACCUGGCUCUGCUGGGUGCAGAGAGGAAUCAGAUAGGGUUACAAGAUCAAGAUCCCCCAGUUUAGGAUUUAAAGGAGGCAACCAAUCAUGUGCUGAUAAAUGUUAAACCAUUUAACUAACUCUUCAGGUGAGUAACGAGAACCCCUUAUUUGUAGCAUUGCCAAUUGCCAUGGUACAAAUACUCCUACCAUGGCCGGUUUCAGACUACCAAUGUGAUGUCAACCUCCUUGCAAAAUUCCUGAAAAUUUAACAAUUGGCUCUUGUAAGCAGCUACAAUUUCUCCAGCACACCACUGGAUAAUGCUGAAUGGCUGAGGCUGUGGACCAGGGCAUCAGGGAAGGCCUCCUGGAGUCAGGGGGUGUCUGAGGAAAGCACUUCAUCAGAGAAGAACAUCCAGGUACAGGGUGCAUUAAGGCAAAGAUGUAGGGGCAGGAGAGCAGGGUGUGCAAGAAUUGGAAGCCAGCUGGGCAGCUGGCACCCAGGUUCAAGGCUGGAAUGAGGCUGGGGUUGGGUCACAAGGAGGCCAAGUCAGGGCUCCCUUCUUGUCCUGAGCAUGAGGUUUCCUUUGCACUGGGGAUGAGUGUGGGAGGGAGACACUCCCCUUCCUGUCCAGCCCUUUGUCUCCUGGGAAAACCUAACUACAUGGCAUAUGGUUAGUGCUCAGGGUGGGUCAGGGCUUAGUGUAGGGGAGAUGAGUCUCACCUGGAACAGGUUCUGGGUCCAGCCAGAACCACUCUGCAGACUGGUGGAGUUCAUCUGGACAGGGCCCAGCCCUAGCCUUUGGGCAGGAAUAGGGCAAAGCUGAGAGACCUCAUUCUUAAGCUCAAGAAUAAGGACUCACUUUCUCCCCCUCUGGGAGAGCCCUUGCCUUAUGGGCCCACUCUGCCUGAGAGAAGGUCCUUCUUUCCCCACCCCACCUCCACCUACCUCCUAUGACUUCUCCACCCUUCUGCUCUGCCUGGCCCAAACGGCUCCCCCAGAGGUUGCUCUACUGAGAGUCUAGCUCCAGAGCGCCCCCAUGUGACAGGGACCUGUCACAAGCCAUGACCCAAAGGAUUACUCUGCAUUGUGCAAUGUGGGUGACUUGCCUGAAGUAGUUGUGAAAUGCUCACCCCCCACAUUCUAGGUUCUAUACUUCUGAUAACAUAGCCAGGGUCUACAUUAGUGUUAGUAUUUUUGUGAUGAUAUCUUAUAGUCUGUCCUUGAACCUUUCUUGCAGGCCUGAGCCUAUCUUUCCUACUAGCUACUGCUCAGGUUGAACCCCAUCCCAGUUUAUAAGGAGCCUCUACCCAGAUAAGAUCCUCUGCUGGCCAGGAGUGUAAUGCUGAGCUCUGACACCCUCAGCCCUGCUCAGACCCGGAGGCAGAGAGCUAUACAUCAUGACUUUUGGGGCUCUUGAUUGUGCAUCUGUGUUUGGGGAUGGGGCUGUGUCCACCAUGGGCCCAAGUUCUCUAGUCCCAUUCCUUUCAGAAGGGGUACCUCCAGAAGCUGCCCUGAAGACCCCAAGAACUGAGGGCCACAACACAUGGAGACCAAACCAUGGCCUAGCACCAGGAAGUCUCCCUUGAACCAGCAGCCUGAGAUUUCUAAGGACACAGGACCUAGGGGACAGGAGGGGCUUACUCGCCAUCUAAUCCUGUGGCAGGCACUAGUAGGGUGGGGAACAGAGACCUAAGAGAAACACGGACAGGCCCAGGGCCCCUCUGGACCCCAAUCAAACUGCCUGGCCCUUCGGUAUGGACAUCUGGCCUUAGUGCUCAGUGCCUGGGCCACCAACCUGGUGGGUGAGUUUCCUGACCCUGCUGCCUGGUACUAUUUUCAGCCCAAGUAAGAGCAGGAUUUUCCACUCCUCCCAGCCCCAGACCAUUGUCCAGCAGUGACGUGGAGGGACCUGCCUGCUCUCAAAAUAUCUCCUCUUACUCUCUGGGCCUCCCUGCCCUCUCCCCACCUCCUCACCCUGACAUCACUUCCUGGGGCUGUUGAUUCCUGAAGGCCACUGUGAAAGGGCACAACCCCCUGACAGGGACUCCAGGGAUUAUUCAGCCCAGCUGCAGACUCAAGGCCAGAGAGGGGCGGGGCCUUGCCCAAGGUCACUCAGCAGGUCAGCAUGGUGCCUGGAUGUACGCCAGGGGCUCAGGCUGCCCCAGCUGCUCUGUUCCCUUUAGUGCAGGUUAGUGCCUUUGUGGGAAUCCUCCAUCACCCACUCUGUCCCAGCUCUUCCCACUUUGUAGGAGGAGCUGGGGAGCUGAGGCCAGGAACCCAGGGGCCGGGAUGGUAGGGAGAGCAGGAUGGGAGGAGUAAAUGCCUGCUGACUGGCUUACAGCACUGGUCUCAGUGAGGUCUGUGCAACAAGGGCAGGGGCCCUGGCUCAUAGGGUUCUCUGCUUGAGUGGCAAUUAUCCCUGGGCCCAAGAGGGAGGGGGGAUCCCACAGACAUUCCCACUCUUACUCUCCAAGGUUCAGAAAGGCCCUGGCCAACAUGUCCUCUAGACACAGUUACUCGAGUCUUAGACCAGGUCAAGCCACCAAAGCUACCCCUCUGCCACCACUCUUGUCAUGGCAGAUUUGGGCUGAUCUGUUUAGAGUUAGGCACAUGAGGAAGGGAGCUGAGGUACUGGCCCACAUCCCAGGUACCAUGCAGGGCCCUCUCACAUCCAUUAUAUUAUUUAUUCUUCACUGCUACUGUGUGAAAUCAACAUGAUGCUCCCCAUUUAGUAGAUGAAGGGACAGGCUCUGAGAGUUAAGGACUUGCUCCAGGUUAUACAGGCAGUAAAUGGGUGAGUUAAGAUUGAAUCCUGGUCCAUCUGAUGCCCAGAUUAGCUCCCUUUCCAGUAUCUCAUGCCUCUAGUAACCCCUGCAAGGCAGGAGAGUUUGUAAACGACCCUUCACAUGAUUCAAGAUGAAAGGCCAUCAGUGAGGUUGGGUUUAAGAGCACCAAUUCUAUGACCAGACCACCUGUGUCUGAAUGUUGCCUCCACUUCCCCCAGCUGUGGUAUUUUAGGCACCUAAUCUUGCAGCACCUCUAUUUUCUCAUUUCUAAAAGGAGAUACUACCUCCCAUGUGGAGUACUAGGAGGCUGACCUGAAUUAAUACACAUGAAGCACUUAGAACAGAGCCUGGCACAUGAUAAGCAUUUACACGCCAAGCACUGUGCCAAGGGAAUACGAAGGCAAACCAGCUGGACCCUGUCAUCCUGAAGUUGACAGUUUACUAUGUAACCACCUUAAGAUAAAUGAUUUGAAGGAAAGGACAGUGUGUCUGGCCAGUGAGCAACAGGGUGUCUGCUGUGGCUGAGGCUUCCCUGGGGUGCAGGAGGAGAGAGCGGUUUCAUCCUGGGGUAAGAUGUGGGACCACCAUCUGCCCUGCCUGGCAUUGGGUGGCUUUCAGGCUCACAAGCCCGUGUGGGUUUACAGAACCUUGUCCAGGUGCCUGGCAGUGUAAAAGCAGCAGGGAAAAGUGACAGGGGGUGGAGGACGAGGAGGAUGUCCUGGAUAUCAAGCUUCCAGAGUCAGUCCCUAUGGACUCGAGGGCUCCCACCCACCCAUGGCAGCAGGCUUAGCCAUUUCUCCUUGACUGGUGGUGCCCACCACAGGAUACUGCAGCCACCCUUGGUUUAACCAAGAGUCAGAGACUCAGGGCUGGAGGACUGGCCUGGAGCUGGGCCACAGCAGGCAAUGGAUGGGUGGUUUUUGCCAUGUGACCUGAGAUCACCUGCCUGCCUUCUCUGGGUCACUUUAAAGCCUGGAGACCUUGCCUCCCACAUUCCAAUUCUCCCUACCUCAGGGCAGCAGCUGCCUAGAUUUUUCAUCAAAGACACAGCUGCUUCCCCAGGCACUCCCAAGACUCCCUGAGCCCUCAGUUCUGAGGACUAGAGUGGGGCAGUUGGUCUCCCCUGGGCAUCAAGUGACCAGAGAGGUGAAGUGACUCCACUGGCACCACGUAGUGUCUUGGAGUAGAACCAGUUGAAUGUCUGAUGCUUCUGCCUCCUGUGCUUGGCCAGGAGUGAUGGGCUGCAGGGUGAGGGAUGUGUUUGCCUUCCCAAGGCAUAUGUGCUUGUGGUGGGGGGUGAAGGGUUGGGGGAAAUGAGCCCCAGAAGCUAAGCUCAUCCUCCUCUGCCCUGAUGCACCAUGUGAUGUGGUGAAUCCCUUUUUCUCUCUGGGCCUCAGUUUCCAGUUUCCCCAAAUGCAACAGACCUUGACUCUGUCCAGCCGCUCUACAGUGGCCCAAGCCUCUUUAGUAGAGUUUGCUUCUGUCUGGGUUUCCACUCAGCCAGGUGUCCAGUCUCAGCCCCAUCCCAAUCAGAAACAAUGAGCCAGACCCAGCCAGUCCCCAGGGGCUCACCCCAGACUAUUUUCAGCCCUUGGAGUCAGAAAAGGAUUUUCCACUUCCAGCACAGUGACUGCCCUGGACCAUUGUCCAGUGGUGACCAAGGGAUCCGCCUGCCCCAAAAUAUCUCCCCUGCCCCUACCCUCUGGGCCUUCCUGCUCUGUUUCUCACCUCCACAGCUUGGCAUCACUUCCUGGGGCUGUUACUCCUCAAGGCCACUGUGAAACAGCACGUGAGUCCCCUGGGAGACACGACCAGUUGGAAUUUAUUUCGCCUCUUGGCAGCAACCCCAGGGAUUAUUUGGCUGCAUAGAAGGACUGGAGGCUCUGGGAGGGCUGUGCCUCACCCAGGGUCACACAGCGGUCAGCAUGGAGACCAGAUGUGAGGCCAGGAUCUCUGACUUCUUCAGUGCCUCAGCUGCCUUCAUUUGCACUAGUCUGUGCCUCCUGGGAGUGAGAGCUCACCUCGGAAGGCCUGGGGUGGGCAUCUGGGGAGAAGCCCGAGUGACGUGGGUGAGAGGGGAUAUAACUUGGGCUCUGAGCUUGGAACUCCCGGUUCAGUUCUGUGUUUACCAAAUGUGGCUUUAGCUUGCAUUGAACUCAGAGUUACCAAGUAGCAGCUUCAGGGAAAGAAAGAGGUUGAGGUACCCAGGAAAGCGGAAGCAGGAAGAGCAGGGUUCUGGCCCAGUUCAGCCACCACUAGCUCUGUGAUGGCAAACUCAGUUUCCUCAUCUGUAAAAUGGAACUGUAAAAAGGAGAGUACCUCCUUUCCCAGGUUGCUGAACAGUGAGAAUGCAGUAAGGCACAAAUAUGCAACUUUCUGUUUUCCCCCAUCAAUGCUCUCUGCCGGAUGAUGUCUAAUUUCCUUUUUCCCCUCUAUAAACUACAUAUUUGGCAAACUUCAAA